UCAAACACUAAACGUAAACACUAAUAAAAUUAAUGAAGUUAAAGGAAUUUUUAAAAUAGUAUUUAGGAGUACAAUUGGAUAAUAAAAAUGAAUUGCAGUUACAUUCUAAACACUGUAUAAGUUCAUUAUAUUCUAAUAAAAGUGGUUAUAGGUACUUAAAUCCAACUUUUCAAUCUUUAAACAUAACCUAUACAAUUGUGUAUGUAAUUUAAAAUGUUUGCCAUUUGUCGGCAAACGCAUCCCGCCACGGGAAUUGAACAUGCCAUAAGUUGCUGUUUCUUUAAUAACGACGAGGUGUGUUUGAUAACCGCUGGCGCCAAUAUCGUGAAAGUGUUUAGGCUUGUUCCCGAAGGCCAUACUAAGGAGGUUAAUGCCGCCGGCCAACCAGUCCCGCCUAAAAUGAAACUUGAAUGUCUGGCCACAUAUACGCUGUGGGGCAAUGUAAUGUCAAUAGCCUCUGUUAAAUGCCCCAGCGCUGGCCGAGACCUCCUGCUGGUAUCUUUCAAGGAGGCCAAACUAUCAGUUCUGCAAUAUGACCCACAAACUAACAACUUGGCUACAUUAAGUAUGCAUUACUUUGAAGAGGAAGAUAUGAAGGGAGGUUGGACAACUCAUCCACACAUACCAUGGAUCAGGGUGGAUCCAGAAUUCCGUUGUGCAGUCAUGUUAUUAUAUGGACGAAAGUUAGCAGUGCUGCCAUUUCGGAAAGACAUUACUUCUGAAGAAGGUGACCCUUUAGAAGCUAAGCCAUUGUCUGACAAUAAGAAAAAUCAAGGUCCACAAACUGUGACUCGUGCACCAACUCUAGCCUCCUACGUGAUAGUGCUAAAAGAGCUGGAUGAAAAGAUAGACAACAUUCUAGACAUACAAUUCCUUUAUGGAUACUAUGAACCAACUUUGCUAUUGUUAUAUGAACCAGUCAGGACAUUUGCUGGACGCACAGCCGUAAGAACUGAUACAUGUGCAAUGGCUGGUGUCAGUCUUAACAUGAGCGCUCGGGUGCAUCCAGUCAUAUGGGCCACUGGUGGCCUACCCUUCGACUGCAUUCAAGCAGUGCCCUUACAAAAACCUCUUGGUGGUUGUUUGAUAAUGGCGGUGAAUUCCUUAAUAUACCUCAAUCAGUCCGUGCCGCCGUACGGAGUAUCAUUGAACAGCGUUGCAACACACACAACUAAUUUUCCUUUGCGUAUCCAAGAAGGUGUUUGCAUAACUCUAGACGCCGCGAGAGUGGCCGCUCUAGGCGACACUCGGUUAGCGCUAGCUCUACGCGGAGGUCAGUUAUACGUGCUGACACUGCUCUCGGACUCCGUGCGUAGUGUGCGGAGCUUCCAUCUCGACAGAGCUGCAGCAUCUGUGUUAACGUCUUGUAUGUGCGUAUUAGAAGAGGACUUUCUAUUCCUCGGAUCGCGUCUCGGCAACUCCCUAUUAUUACGAGUGACAGAACGAGAAAACAGAAUGCUCUUUUCAGUAGAUAAACCUUUAGAAGCCACAGUUGACCUCACAGUCCCCGAAUCAGAAAGGGAGAAAGAAUCAACUAACAAAGAAACUCAAAAGGAAUCUGCGGAGUCGGCUGCGAAAAAGCGUCGUUUGGAAAACCUUAGUGACUGUGUUGCGAGUAAUGUUAUUGAGAUAUGUGACAAAGAUGAAUUAGAGGUGUACGGAUCGGAUAUAAGGACGUCUACACAACUAACCAGUUACGUUUUUGAGGUAUGUGAUUCCCUCCUCAACAUCUGCCCGAUCGGUGAUGUGACGAUGGGCGAGCUGCAACUGCUCACGGACGGGGAGGAGAACAAGCGCGCAGAGGGACUGGCGCUAGAGCUGGUCUGUUGCAGCGGGCGCGGCAAGAACGGCGCGCUCACCGUGCUGCAGCGCUCCGUCAGACCGCAGCUAGUUACCGCGUUCAAGCUGCCGGGCUGCAUCGACAUGUGGACGGUGAUCGGCGAAGCGUCAGAGGUUAACCGCGAGGCACAUCGAGACAUGGAGGGAACUCACGCUUACCUUAUUCUGACUCAGGAGGACUCCAGCAUGAUCCUGCAAACGGGUCAAGAGAUCAACGAGGUAGACAACUCUGGAUUCAUGACUAGCGCUCCCACCAUCUUCGCGGGCAACCUUGGCAACAAUAAGUUCAUGGUUCAAGUCACCACACUCGCUAUACGGCUUGUAAGAAAUGGUGUGCUCGUCCAGUCUAUAUCCCUGGAGUGGACGGCCAAAACAGCAUCAACCGCAGAUCCCUAUCUGUGCGUGGUGUCGACGUGUGGAAGGGCGUUAGUGCUAGCGCUUAGAGAGCUUCGUGCUAGAGACGCUACGUCAGCAAGACUUGCGCCCACAAGACAAGCCGUGCCUCACCGCCCGCCGCUGCUUAAAGCAGUGCCCUAUAGAGACUUGAGUGGACUUUUCACGACUACGGACAUGGAAAAUGUGCAGGUGAAAGGCGAAUUUACGGGAAAAAUGAAGGGCAAGAACAUAAAGGCGGAAGGCUUCAAGCCGGGCGCAGUGUACGAGCUCAACGACGAGGACGAGUUGCUGUAUGGUGGCGAUCAAACACCCGCUUCUAUGGCGAGCAUAAUGUUAGCAGAACAAUCAAAGAACCCGGGUGUGCCGCGACGCGUGUCCCGAUGGUGGAGGCGGCAUUUGAUGGAGCCCAAACCCUCGUUCUGGCUCUUCGUAGUGAGAGACAACGGCAAUCUCGAGAUAUACUCCCUGCCGGAGAUGAGACUGAGCUUCCUUGUACGCGACGUGUGCGCCGGGGAAAGGAUAUUAGCAGACAGUCUGGAAUCUGUUCCGAUCCUUACAAAUCCAACUGACGAAGAAGAACUAAACACAGGCCAUAGCACCAAUGUCGAGAAGCUGCAGGAAAUAUUGGUGGUGGGAUUGGGGAAUAAGGGCUCCAGGGUGCUCAUGUUGUUGAGAUGUGAUGGUGACCAGUUAAUGAUAUACCAGGCAUACAAAUACCCUCGCGGCAACCUCAAGAUGCGUUUCUCGCGCAUGCUCGUGUCGUUCCCGUUCGGCUACCGCAGCGGCAUCGUGACGUGCGCAGACGACGGGUACGAGGCGUCCGCGUUGAGGGAGAGCGUCCGCCAGAUGAGAUACUUUGGUAACGUAGGCGGUUACAACGGAGUGUUUAUUUGCGGUCACACGCCAUACAUUCUGCUUCUGGGGUCACGCGGGGAAUUGCGGCUGCAUCCGUUGUGUCCCGACGAGGGACCCGUGUCGUCCUUCGCCUCCUUCAACAACACCAAUUGUCCUCAGGGAUUCCUGUAUUUUAACGCUCAGGUUUCACUCAGAAUCUCAGUACUUCCCACCCAUCUCUCAUACGAAGCGGCGUGGGCCGUGCGCAAAGUGCCUCUACGUGAGACCCCACACGCUGUGACCUUCCACGUGGAGUCCAAGACAUAUUGCCUUGUAUGUUCCACCGCAACGCCCACACAGUCCUACUACAAGUUCAACGGCGAGGAUAAGGAAAAAUCCACCGAGAAUAAGGGAGAUAGGUUUCCAUACCCCUUGCAAGAUCGUUUCUCCGUGAUGCUGUUUUCACCAGUUUCGUGGGAAAUUAUACCGAACACAAGGAUAGAAUUUGAGGAAUGGGAGCAUGUAACAUGUUUUAAAAACGUCUCGCUUUCAUACGAAGGGACCCGAUCAGGUCUUCGUGGAUACAUCGCAAUAGGAACUAAUUACAAUUACGGUGAAGACAUCACUUCUAGAGGACGGAUAAUAAUUUACGACAUCAUAGACGUAGUUCCCGAACCGGGUCAACCUUUGACAAAGAACAGGUUUAAAGAAAUCUAUGCAAAGGAACAAAAAGGUCCAGUCACUGCGCUCACGCAAGUUUUGGGUUUCCUCAUAUCUGCUGUGGGACAAAAGAUCUACAUUUGGCAGCUGAAAGACAACGACCUAGUAGGAGUAGCGUUUAUAGACACACAGAUAUACGUGCAUCGGAUGUUAGCUGUCAAGAACCUGAUAUUAGUCGCCGAUGUGUAUAAAUCUAUAUCGUUGUUGAGAUAUCAGGACCAACAGAGGACACUGUCUUUAGUUUCCAGAGACUUAAGGACGGCACAGAUAUACGAAAUGGAAUUCAUGGUAGAUAACAUGAAUCUUGGGUUUCUGGUGAGCGAUUUGGACGGUAACUUCGCACUUUUCAUGUACCAGCCGCAGGCCAGGGAAAGUUAUGGAGGUCAGAGGCUGAUCCGCAAGUGCGACUACCACUUGGGGCAGCAAGUGCACGCCAUGUUCCGCAUCGCCGCGCGCGCCACGCCCGGCCAGCCGCCGCAGCGGCGACAUGUCACUAUGUUUACUACUUUGGACGGCGGCUUGGGCUACGUACUGCCAGUGUCCGAGAAGGUGUACCGAAGAUUGCUGAUGUUGCAAAAUGUGAUGAACAACUACUGCUGCCAUAUCGCCGGGUUGAACCCUAGAGCUCACAGGACGUACAAGUCGGCUCGCAAGGCGGCGGGCGGCGGUGCGGCGCGCGGCAUCCUCGACGGAGACCUGGUCGCCCUCUACACGUCCAUGCCCAUCGCUGAACAACAAGACAUCGCAAAGAAGAUUGGUACCAAAGUGGAGGAAAUAAUGGGAGAUCUCUACGAAAUAGACAGACUGACUGCUCAUUUCUAGUUAUAUAAGAUUAUAUUAUUUUGUACAUAGUUUUCACGAUUACAGUAUUCAUCUGUA